AUGUGGAUGGGAAUGAUAUCAUAUCAGAUCGCAACAGUGAUUGUAAAACAACAGGGCGUUGAGGGAUAUAACAACUUGUCUAUCCCAUGUUGGCAAGACGUUCUCUUGAAGAAUUGUUGUGAUACAGCGUGGUUGGAAUCCUUCUUGGAGUCAGAAAUUUUCAGAUACCACGGAACACAGAGAGUUGGGUUGUUUGUCGAUAUCGAAGGCUCUCAGUACAGUGAUAUACGCAGGCAGCCUCCCGUGGAAUGGUUUUCUAACUACUCGGUCCCCGUUUGGUACAUUUGGAAACCAGAAUACAACGCCGAUAAACGAUAUCAGCAUCUUGCACCAUUGCCCCAUCAGCUCCAGGAAGCCGCUGCCUCUGUGAUUCCUUCAGAACCCCAACUUAGUCCUGAUUUCCAGCUCCAGGAAGACAUUCAUGACGCAGAACCGAUUGCACGUGAGGUUGUUCUCAGUGAAAAUCAUCCUAUCGAUGAUAGUAGCUGGCAACUUUUCUUUACCCAGAGAGAGCAACGGAACAAGCGUACCGCUGCUACGGAGACCUCUACAGAGCGAGAGCUUCGUGAAAAAAGGGCAGAAAUGCCACCUCAAAGCGCGAAAGUAUUUGUGUGGGAGGAAAAUGAAUCCGGUGUUCUCGUGCGCGAGCCAGUAGGGCCUAAAGAACGCGCCAAUGUAUUGACCAGGUUUUCUGAGGAGCAGAUCAGAUACGAUCCUUUUUCAAACGAAUAUGAUUGUUCAGAACAUUUUGGACCCAUCAUCACUGGAUUUUUUGAGGCUGACUACAUUGAAGGUGGGGAAGAGCCAGACCUAGAUGUACCUGAAAAUGAACUUCAAACUGUUUCGGCAACACUCCUUAAUAGUUGUGAACCUCCAUCCUCACUCACCAUUUCUUCAUUAGCGAGCGAAGGCGAUACUGACUGGAUACCAAGAAACUGCCUCCUCAAAGACCUACUUGUCGAAGAUAACGCAGCAGCUGAGAUACUUGACGUCUUGAGAAUUCACUUUGGUUACACCCCCCCCCUCAUACUUGAAUCAUCCUCUGCCCCCCAUCAUGUCUUAAGCGUGGCCAUGCAAAGAAACUUCCUGAAGAUCAUAGGUAUUAACGGACGUUCCUGCCCUGCUGGAGUCUUCCAAAGGCCCGCUAUCGUUGCUGCCGUUGGGUUUAUGCGCCGUUUGUGUCUGGCCUGCCGCGAACCAACUAUCAUCGCAGAAGACGAAUGGGAUCUCAACCCCAUGCACAGGAAUUCCUUAGCAACAAGCUCUAGGAUAUCCUGCAUACAGAGAGUUCAAAAAACGUCUCAUGAACGCGAACGUCCCUCUAAAUCUCCACAAGGCCCCUCGCCAAAGCACAGAUCAGACGAUCAUUUGUACAUGUUUAAUUUUGGAGUUCAGGGAGCAAUGGACUGGAAGCUGGCCGUAACCACGGCUGCUGACGCCGCUAUUGUUUGUCGUUUGCCCGAAAAUUACAACCAAGCCGAAAUUGCUUUGUUUCUGCUACAAAGGGGGAUCCCAUUCCAUACUCUCAAGCCCUGGCCUGCACAUAUAUCCGUUGAUUGUCACGAUAGAAAGGCGCAUCGCAUAAUUGACUUCCAACAUGUUAUUGGCAUUCCUUCUCGUCCUCCGAAAUAUGUAUUUGACACAACCGAUUAUGCCCUAUAUGUUGAAAGAGCUUCUCAACUUUUAAGGGACACGAAGAUUGGACGGGCGGCCUUGAUGCAAGGAGGUUACGUCUGGAGAAUUGCUGUUCCCAUUGUCAGUUUCGACGCAGUAUUACAAGGCCCUGUUCUAGAACCUUCCGGGGAAUACUUGCUCGUUAGAACCCAAGACGGGGAUUCAUAUUUUGAUAAUGAGCUUGAUGCUUGGACAAUUGAUACGCUCAGUGGCCUCUAUCAUUGCUACACAGGAGAAAGCGAUCAGAUUGCAAAGAAGUCAUGGUAUCCUCUGGCCAACACUCAAGAGCAUUCAGGCCAUGACCAUGGACGGUGGACCGCGAUUUCGGAGGAGAUAUAUAACCUUUUCACAUCACGCAACUCAUUUGCCUAUAUCAGUGAAGCAAUGGACAAUGCCCCUCAAGUGCAGCAUCAGCCCAAAUCUGCUAAUAAGUGGCGAGACGCUACUCGUGGGAUUGGAGACCUUAGGAGGGCUAAAUUACAACUAGAGCAGGCCUCCAAGGACAUGAUAUCUAAGGUUCAGCGUGUAUUCUAG